AUGGCGGCGGCGCCGGCCCGGUGGGCUGCCCCCUCGGUGGACGGGCACCGGCCUUGGCCUCCGCUCUUCGGCCCUAGAGGUCUCCGUUUACACAGCUGUUCCGUAAGCGGAGAAGCAGAUACCGAACGCAGUGCAAACCGAUCAGUAGCCCGUAGGCCGUUUGACUUCACUCCGGCGCACGCCGAGCACGGCUCGCCCUCCCCACAGCAGCACAACGUGAAAACGUUUCCCCUUUCUGGGGAUCGUGUCCCCGAGAAGCAGCGGAUCGACGGCAGCAGAGGAGCCCGCGCGCAGCGUCUCGAGGAGCGCGGAGUAGCGGGGCAGUCCUCGCCGGCUUACCUUUACGGGUCCCCGGAGCCCAACCGUCGGAGGGUGGAUUCUCCUCUGCCAGCUGGUGUUCCUAAGCUUAGUUACCGCCUUGCAUCAUCUCACAAGUACGUUCCCAGGCGAGCUGUGCUGUAUGUACCUGCAGAUGAUGAAAAGAAGAUACGAAAAAUCCCGUCACUAAAUGUAGAUUGUGCGGUGCUGGACUGUGAAGAUGGCGUGGCUCUGAACAGAAAGAGAGAAGCGAGACUGACCGUUGUCAAAACCCUUGAAGAGUUUGACUUUGGCCAUGCUGAAAAGUGUGUUAGGAUAAACUCUGUGUCCAGCGGUCUUGCAGAAGAAGAUCUAGAGGUGCUUUUGCAGUCCAAGACCCUUCCUUCAAGCAUGAUGCUGCCAAAGGUUGAAAAUGUCGAAGAAAUAAAAUGGUUUUCAGACAAAUUCUUACACCACCUAAAAGACCGAACACUUGUAGAACCAAUGAAUUUUAUCCCCUUUGUGGAAACUGCAGUGGGCUUGCUCAAUUUUAAGGCUGUCUGUGAAGAAGCACUGAGAACAGGAUCCCAGGUUGGCUUUCAUUUGGACGCAGUCGUCUUUGGAGGAGAGGAUUUCCGUGCCAGCAUAGGUGCAACAAGCAGUAAGGAAACUCACGAUAUUCUAUAUGCCAGGCAAAAAAUAAUAGUCACAGCAAAAGCAUUUGGCCUUCAAGCAAUAGACCUUGUUUACAUCGAUUUCCGAGAUGAAGAUGGGCUCCGCAGGCAAUCAAGAGAAGGUGCCUCAAUGGGAUUCACUGGUAAGCAGGUGAUUCACCCCAACCAAAUUGCUGUUGUCCAGGAACAGUUCUCUCCGAGCCCUGAAAAAAUAAAGUGGGCACAAGAACUGAUUUCUGCUUUUGAAGAACAUCAGCGAUUAGGCAAGGGAGCGUUUACUUUCCACGGGAGCAUGAUCGACAUGCCAUUACUGAAGCAGGCACAGAACAUUGUUACGCUUGCCACAGCCAUCAAGAAAAAAUGAGCUGAACUCCUGUCAGAACGGGCAAAGCCUCGAAUAAUUAUGCACCGGUUGAAAUAAUUGCGAUGAAAAUCAUCACCUCGUACGGGCUUCGCAUUCUUCCCCCCCCCCCCCAAAAACGGGCAACACCCAUUAAAAUUAUUGCUCUGACAA